AAACCCGAAUUCUCCCAACCUCCAGUUCCUACUUUCCUUCACCACAUCACUCAGCCAGUCACCUGCUACCCUCUCUGCAUGUCCUUCUUCUCCGCCGCGACCUCCUUUCUCUUUGCUUACACCGGCUCCUCCUAUCCUCCAAUCUGCUCUGCCUCUGCCGUUUUUUUGGCUACUUAUUAUGUUUACAUUUUUAUUAUUGACCAAUGUGUUAUUAACUUAUUAUUUAAGUGCUAAUGUUGCUGCUGCUAUCAAUAUGGUAUCGCUGCUGUUGUUGUUGAUUGUUUAUCAAUUUGAUUAAAUUGUUGAUAACAUAGAUGACCCGUUGUUGACCAAAUUAGGUUUGCUUUUUAAAUUUUGUGCAAGGCAUGUUGAAUUUUAAUGAUUGCGAUUCAUAAUAUAAUUUUAUGUUAGCUCUAUUAUUUGUUUUUAUAUUUGGUAAUUGAAAUUUCUAUUUGGAAUUUGGAUUUAUUUUAUGCAAUUAAGAUUGUUUAAUUUUAAUUAUAAUUUAGUUAUUUCUGAUUAUAUCAUUGAUUAAAUGGUUGGAUCUAUGGGUACCGAUAAUUUGAACGGUUUGGUUCGGUUCGGUUCAAUUUGUAGUACCUGCUGAACCAACAUAAAAAAUCUUCUCCUUAAUAAGAUCUCAAAAUAAAUGGGCGAUGCAGCGUGGCAACUUUAGGCAGCAGACACGACGAACCAUUUGGUGCUUUCUUAUUUCUAGGCUCUAAGCUCUCUCUUUUCCUCCCACUUUGAAGAAAACGAUCACAAAGAUGAACAGACUGGUGAAGAAGAGUGUUUCAAAUUUCUUUGCGUUGAAAAUUCCAAGCAAGUCCCUUUGUACCGGGGUUGUCAAAGUUCCUGGUUCCAAUGUUGCUGAAAUUCUCAAUGAGAAUGAGAAGGAGAACACCACAAGCAAUAGUAUUAAACAAUAUGAUAUUGCUAUUGUAGGAGGAGGCAUGGUUGGCAUGGCUUUGGCAUCUUUCUUGGGUAGCAAGUGUGCCAAUGACUAAGCAGUUGAGUGUUGCAAUUAUUGAUAGCAAUCCUGCUCUCAGUGGUAGCAUGAGCAUUAAGAAGGAAGAUCCCCCUGAUCCAAGAGUCAGUACAGUAACUCCAGCAACUAUAUCUUUUAUGAAAGAUGCUGGUGCUUGGAAAUAUGUUGAGCAAAAUAGACAUGCAUAUUUUGACAAAAUGCAGGUCUGGGAUUAUACUGGGCUGGGGUAUGCUAGAUACAAUGCAAGAGAUGUAAAUAAAGACUUGCUUGGGUGUGUAGCAGAGAAUAAAGUUCUCCAUAGUGCCUUAUUGUCAUGCAUACAGGAUUCUGAUUUCAAGAGAACAAUAUAUCCAUUGAGGUUAAAUUCAAUGACUUUGAACCGAAGCAGCAUGUCUGUAGUGGAGGAGAAUAUGAGCAGCAGAGAAUCAUCAUCUGCUCAAGGCCAAUGUGCAAGGCUGCAACUUAGUGAUGGCAAUAGCAUAUAUGCAAAGUUGGUGGUUGGGGCCGACGGAGGAAAAUCACGUGUUAGAGAAUUGGCAGGAUUCAAAACAACUGGAUGGAACUAUUCUCAGAAUGCAAUCAUCUGCACAGUAGAGCAUCCUUCUGAAAAUUGAUGUGCAUGGCAGCGGUUUCUACCUACAGGACCAAUUGCACUUUUACCCAUCGGUGAUAAGUUCAGCAAUAUUGUUUGGACCAUGAGCCCAACAGAAUCAAACCAGCGCAAAUCAAUUACUGAGGAAGAAUUUUUGAAGGAUGUGAACUCCGCUUUAGAUUAUGGAUAUGGACCUCAUCCUACUUCAAGCUUAUCUGGAACCCGAGAUGUGUUCUCUUGGUUUCAAAUGGAUAUAACAGUAUCAGCCAAUGAAUCCUUUGAAGUUCCACCGAAAAUAACUAAGUUAGCUUCUGAAAGGAUGGUGUUUCCUUUGUCUUUACGCCAUGCCAACUCCUAUGCUUCGAAACGUGUUGUUCUUAUUGGAGAUGCAGCCCACACUGUCCAUCCUCUUGCUGGUCAAGGAGUCAAUUUGGGUUUCGGAGAUGCAUAUUCUCUUUCAAGAAUUAUUGCAGAGGGCAUUGCUUUAGGCACUGACAUCGGAGAGGUGAACUUGCUAAAGAAGUAUGAAGCGGAGAGGAAACCAGCAAAUAUUUCCAUGAUGGCGAUCCUUGAAAGCUUCCAGAAAGCUUACUCAGUUGAUUUCGGACCUUUUAAUAUACUUCGAGCUGCAGCCUUCCAUGGCGCAAAUUAUAUACCACCGCUGAAAAGAAGUAUAAUUUCUUAUGCUUCUGGAGAGCAAAACUUGCCCGUCUUCUUGUAAUGUUGUUUCGGCCAAGUCAUUUGCUGGCUUCAACUGGCAGAUGAAAAUCUUGCUUGUUUGUUUUACUAAUACUGGCAUCAAAAUAAGUUUUACAUGAAGGUUUAAACACUAGCUUUUUGCUUUUUUUUUCUUUUGUUUCCCUUAAAUGGGGGCUUGUGUAUGAGACACAGAGUCAAUGGCCAUGUUAAAUUGUUCUGUGUUGAUCCUUCACUGAAACUGUGGCCGUUGUGUGUAAAUAGCACCAAAAGUUGUUUGCAUGAUGGAAGUUUUGAUGUAAUAAGUAGAUAAUGUUACUUUGAUGAUAAAUUCAAAGCAUUCUGAAAAUAUUGGCCCAUGAUUAUGCACUUUUCAUUAUGAUUUUUUUUUAA